UCUUAAGAAGCAUAUAGCUUUAAACAAAAAUCAUGUUGAAAAUCCAAAUUAUAAUUGUCUUUCUCUUUUUCUCAUUCUCUUCAAUACAUAUAGUCCUUUCCCAACUUAAUUUCCAAAAGCUUGAUCUACCAUUAACUUCAUCAGGCCCUGAAGCCUUUGCUUUUGACUCCAUUGACUCAGUGAGUGGAGAAUUCUAUACAGGCAUCUCCGAUGGUAGAAUUGUCAAAUAUAAUACAACUAAUUUCAUGGAAGUGUAUAUCACAGCACCAAAUAGGUCGAGAUUAUGUGAUGGAACAAAUAUGUUGGGAGCUAUUUGUGGGAGACCAGUAGGUAUUGAGUUUUAUUAUAAAGAAAAACUUUUGUACAUCGCGGAUGCAUAUAAAGGGUUGCUUGUGGGAGAUAAGGAUAAACUUGCUGUACAACUAGCCACAGGGGCUGAAGGAGUGCCUGAUGGCUUAAAUGUUGACCAGUUAACUGGGGAUGUUUAUUUCACUGAUGCAAGUUCCGUAUUCGAAAUGAGGUAUAUCUUUCAAGAGAUUCAAUUAAUUCAUGAUAAUCAAUAUCUAUUUUCUAUAUAAAAUGUGCCUAUAUAACCUAAUUCUUGAUUUAUGAGAAAUUAGUGGGUGAUUUUUUUUUUUUAAUUUUUUAUUCAAAAAUAAAAAAAUUUUUGGCUGAAGUUAAAUUCAAAAAAUAUAUACGAUUGAUAUUACCCUCACUAAUAUAGAUAUUGAUACCAUCAACUGAUACAUUUACGGAAAAGCUAUAUGGAAGGAAAAGUUGAGUUGACUCACUUUGAACUUGGAUAUAUAUUGCAUGUCCUAACUCCACUAUUUUUGUUAGAAUCAAAGGUCUUAGGUGUAACAUGUUUUAUAUAAUUAUUUUCUUGUUUCAUAAGAAAACUGUUGUUAAGUAACAGUAUAUCAACUUUGAUAAACACUAGGAACUGGGAAGUAUGAAAUUUAAUUUAUAAUCUUGGCAAAUUUAACUUUCUUCUUCUUCUGUUAUUAGCAUAUUUCCCUUUGUCAAUCACAAGAGUUGAAUUCAUUCCUUUUGAGACUUACAUAGCAGAAAAGUCCUGCAGGUAACAAAUUUUUUGAUAUGGCUAAUUUUUUAUUGUUACAUAGUCAAUUUCAAAAUAUAGUACAAAUACCAUAGUGUAGUAUUAAUUUAAACAAUAUUUAUAAUUCUUUUGUCAAAAUUAAUUGUCAAGAACAUCAAUAAAAUAAUACCUAAAGUCUGAUGUUAGAUUUGUAGAUUUGGUGAAUGCCAUUGUUAUAAAGAUUGUAGCAGCAACAUGGCAUGACCUGAUUUUACACCUAUUGUGGUAUGGGUGUAAAAUUUUUAAUGGUUACUUGUAUCACAAAAAUUUGAAUAUAUCUACGGACAACUCCUUGGCAAUUUUAAUCUUCUUGUAUAAAUUUGGACUUUUUGAAGUUCUCAAGAACACUAUAUUCGAAUUAACUUAAUUGGACUACAAUACAAUGCACAACACAUCCCUGUUUAAGUUAGCAGAUUUAUAAAUUUUUUCAAUCUUUGUUGAUAUGUAGCCAUAUGUGAUGUACGAAA